GUAUUUGGGAGUAGCGCAGGCCGUAGGAGGUGUUUAUCCGGUUAAGAAGGUGGUGUUUUUCCUUCAUAUUGGUUUAAACUUCCAUCCAGGACCAGCUCCUUGCAUAGAAGUUUUCUGAGUUAUACAGCUGGUCAGUGUUUUCGCUUAAGUUGUUGAAUCCAGGACAAGCACUUUUUUAUCCCCAGAACAUCUAUUUUAGUGCUAGCCAUCAAAAUGUCAAGCAAUUAAUCCAGCAAAUGUUUUGAUUAGUCAAGACAGCAGUAAUAUUCCACAGCCUGUGUGGCACAAAAAUCUAACUGUGUCAGACGCAGAUGGCUUUGUUAGGGGGAAAAUGAAUACAAGGCAAUGUUUAUAUUUGUUUAAAAUCAAUAUCUUGAAAUGUGCCUUUAUUCGUCAAAGUUGUAUAGAAAUGAGUACAGAUCGAAGUGCAUGGAACGAAUCUGCAUCUGAUUCAUGAAACAGUUGUACAACCUCUAAAGGAGCGGUUCUUUGACAGCAAAUUAUGAAUCAGCUUCAGCUGCGUGGAAACAAGCCCCUUGCCCUUAGCCCCUUAUUUACAUGUCAUAUGCGUUCUUCAAGCCCAAUUUACCCUCAAAUACAUUUCAUUUACAUGGCACACAGCCUAAUUUAUGCAUGUGAUGUGACAGCCAAUGAAAGGAAAGCAUUUAGCAGGCUGUGAAGAUCUGAGGAACAAAUUAAAGGACUAAUGUGCAGAUAUAAAGGGCCACAUCUACUCAUUUUCAUUUACAUUUACAAAUUCUAUGCUAACAUUAAACCCCAUUACCUAUAUUUUAAUCUGAGGUUUCUGUGUGCACAGUUGUGAUUAUUAACAUUAUUUGCAAUUUUUAUUACUGUUUAUUUAUGUUGUUGCUGUUUAUAUACACUACUGUGUACAGUAUCAGUAUAAUAUGUAAUGAUUAUACUGAUAUUCCUAUUUAUUACUUAACUACAGAUCAAGCAUUUUUCAUUCAUAGUCACAUCAACCAGGUGUGGUACAGAUACACCAGAGAAACUUUUGGUAUUAUUUGGUAUAAUCAGAUCAUAACUUUGAUGAAUAAAGGUUGUCGUCCUUGUUGUGAAAUACAAAUCUUAGGAAAGGUGUGAAGCCACUGUUUUGCUGUAGUAGUCUGAGACUGAUUUUGGAGGAUGUCACAGGCUAAUGGCAUUUUUGCUAAUUUGUAGAUGAGUGAGCGAUCAGUGCAGGCUGGACGUUUUAUACUGGGUGAUUUCACCCCAGUUACCGUUGAACUAGAUUAAUCCAAACAAAAACAAAUCCUCUCUUCAACAGUGUAGAUUUUGCAAUGUGUUUGCUUUUUAAUGCGGAGCUGAGGUGCUCCAUUUGAAUUCUCACUUACGUGUGACUCACACAGGCCAGUUGAUAAAGCAUGGUUGUUCUGUGACACACACAAUGGGAAAUGUCUUUACGUUACGCUCAUAUGGCAGCCUGCAGGCUCGUACCUGCCACGUCAAAACAGGCAUGUCUCUGGAUUUAACUGAACUUUUUAUUAGAUUGCAUUAGUUCCCAAUGGAAACUGUCCCACCAGUCACCAGUUAAUUAACAUGCCUCCCUGACACAGAAUGAAGGAAAUCACCACCUGGGUCUGAAGUAAAAUGCAAAACUGAGCAUGUCAGUAUGAAUGUACAGGGUAUACAGAAAGCUGACUUGGCUGUGAACGUUAACUUGUGACUUUAUACACACAUACACCAUCAGUCCACUGUGUGGACAUGCCUAGUCCUCUUUAUUUCCAGUAUUUUCCAUCGUAGAGAUAGCACUAAUCUGCUAACCCUAUAUAACUUUAUAUAUAUAAUAAUAUAUAUAAUAUUAUAGUGUGUGUGCCUUGCUAACAGCUUCGCAAACGCUUGGUAUUCUCUCAACUCGCUUUCUCAGGUAAUCACCUGGGAGGCUUUUCCAUCUGUUUUGAAGGGGUUCCCGCAUAUGGUGAACACUUGUUUGCUGCUUUUCAUCUUAAAGAUUUAAUUAGACAUGUUCAGACUUUUGACUGGUGGUGUGCAUCAUUUAAUUUGUUAUAACAAUUAAAUAUACAGCCCAAAGCAAAUCUAGCAAAUACAAAAAAGCGUAAGGAAAAUAAACGUCUUGCCUUCCGCUUAUUUUAUCUCCCUGUACCCAGCCUUCCUGGAGCUGUGUAUUUUUUAUUUUUUUAUUUAUUUUUUUUUCCCCAGUUCUAAAUGGAAAUAAUGAAGUCACUAGGAGUGUAGGUCACUAUUAUUGUGUCACUAGCUUUGAUUUGUAGAUGAGAGACAUGCAUUCCUUGGAGAAUGCUACGGGGUGACGAGCAUGACUUCUCUUUACAGUGUUGUGACUUCCUGUGGCUUCUUAUUGCUCUGAGCUCAGUCAAUGGCAGCCCAUGCAGCAGUGACACAGGACGCUCAUCAUUAAGCUCUGUGUUUUAUUUCAGAUGGUAGCCUGUGUUAUGGGUUCUCUCAAACAGGCAUGUUUUGUGUCUCCACGUUUUACUCAGUUUAUACAAAGUCUUACCUCCAACAUGCUUUGGUGGCACCCACAGUCUAUAUGAGCGUACAACCAGGUUUAGGCAGUUUCUAUUCUGUACCUGCGUAAUAAUCAUUAUCAUAUGUCAAUAGUCAGGAGUUUUGGUUGAAGAAAAAGUUACCAUGACACAUAUGAGUGCUUCCAUACUAUUGGUUUUUAGUAAAGGGUGACCAGUGUUUUACAAAUACACUGUUCAAGCCUAAUUACUACUUUAGAAAUUCGUGCUCAUGACUCAGCUGAAUCGUACUGUACAAACUGGUUUCACUAUGACUAACAGAAAGAGCUGUACACGAACAGGAACUGUGCUAAUAUCACGGAUGGCUGGGAACAUCUGUGGGAAUGAGGAUAACAGGAAUAUUAGUAUAGUAUUUGCGUGGGAACGGAAAUAAAAUAUGCAUUAACAUCAUGCUAGUGGUACUGAAAGCACCCGUGUUUGUAACACUGCUUCGUAGGUUAACCUUAACAUUAAGCUUGUGUCAUGUGACCUUUGAUCAGAUCAGUUUCUUUCUCGACUAGUCUGUAACAGUCUUCAGUGGCUGUGUAAAUGUCUGAGAAAACUGGUUUUGUUUUGUUUUUGUCGUAAACCUAUCUGGCUGAAGUUUCUUGUGCACUUAUUUGCUGUGGUUUAGAGAAAUAGGACUUUCAUGCACAGUUACACAUAAUGACAGCAACAAAGCGUUCUCGCAGUGCAUGGAUUAAAUAUUUAGGCACGUCAGUUUACCUGCUUGAGUGAAAACAGCUUUGUGGCAUCACUCAGUAAGUAAUCAUCCUCCUAGAGCAUCAUACAGUUAUAUAUCGAUAGUCUUCAGGCUAUUCCUGAAGUGUUCACAGGACUUGUUUUGUGUGUGUGGGGUUUUUUUUUCCUCUUCUUUUUUUUAAAUCCCACUACUGCCGGCUCUCACAGACACACUUGACUAGUCCCGCCUGCUCACACUGUUAUUUUUAUUUGUACACAUUUGUGCAAUAUUUUCUAAUGAACUUAGUUGGCUCUAUUUCCCAAACUCUAAACAAAUAUAGAGUAGCAUGGUGGCACAGCAAGUAGCAUUACUGCUUACAGCUCCAGGGACUCCAGUUCGAUCCUGAGCUCUGGUUACUAUCUGUGCAGAGUUUUGCAAGUUUUGGGUUUCUGCCUGUUUCUCCAGUUUCCUCCCACCUCCCAAAGUCACACCAGUAGGUGAACUGGUGACUCUAAAUUACCCUUAGGUGUGAAUGAAUGUGUGUUCAUGGUGCCCUGCAAUGGACUGGUGUCCCAUCCAUGGUACAUUCCAGCCUCAUGUCCAGAGUUCCCAUGAUCCGCUUUGAAAGUGACAAGGAUAUAGUGGGUACUGAAGACGAACAAAUGUGGAAAACUCCCACAGCCUCUCAUCAGAAAUAAUUAGAGAUAAGCAAUUAUUGUCCCCAUGUGAAAAACACAGGAGCAUAUUGCAAGUAGUGCCAUUUCAAGUUCAAUCAGCUUUCAUCUCUGCACAAGUUUCACUAGGUCAGACUCCAAAACACUAAACCAUGUAUUUCUGGCUUUGCACAUUAUAUGAGAGACAGUGCAAUGAAACAAGCAGUGGAAUGAAAUGACUGAAUCUGUCACUUGGUAGAGUCGGGUGCACUACAUAAUAUAAACAUUGAGCGUUUCUCCAUGUUGUCACAGAACAUUAUUAGUGCAGAAAAUAUCCCAAAUACAUAUAAAAUAUCCCAAAUAAUAUAAAAUAUGAUCUUAUUUGAUGGCUGUAUCCCGACCCCCAGUGUAGGUUCAGAUCUUUUAGUUUAAAACUCUGUUGAGAUCUUUCUUCACAGAAGAGUCAGUCGUUCCUGUCACUUCUUAAUGGACACUGCACUGAGUGCUACUACGCUGAUCGGCCUUUUCAGGUCAGCAGCCUCAUUAAACCACAGCAGACAAUGUUUAAUUACACUUCCAACUGGGAAUUUAAAGUGAUUUUAGACAUCUUGUAUGACAGAGUGCCCAUUUUAGUGCUUUUUGGCAUUCUGAAUGCACAGUUGUGUUCCUCCUGAGCUGCUGACUGCUGCGGUUUAGUGAGUUUAGUGCAGUGAAGAGUGUGUGGAGUGCUGUUGUGUGCUCCUCUGACUACAGGUAUGUAUAUUACACACUCAACGAAAAGAGUUUUCCCUUACAAUUCUUAAUGAACUCUCACAUAAGCUUUGUAUUCAGUAUUUAAGAUUAUUUCCUCACAACUCUGUGUCCUAUGUUUUCCAUGAUUGCAGCACAACAAUCCUAGAUUUGGGAUCGUAUCUUUUACUUCUGCACCACUUUGCAGCACAUCUCUAAAUCUCUAAUCUCUCUAAGGUGUCCUGUCUGUAUAGAGGCUCAGGCUAUUCUGUAGUAUCUGUGGAUGUAGUGUUGCUCUGAGAGGUGCUGUGUGAUCUGCAGUGUUAUCUCACUUACAGAAGCAGGCAUCACCCUGUCACUCACGGCUCCGAUGCCCUGUAUAUGACUCUCAGCCCUGACUAACUCGCUCCUCCUGUCUAACCUAUAGCUUUGGCUUUAUUAACUCCACAGUGUUUACAGUGAAAGGGAUUACUUGCCCUUUCAUCUUCUAAUGUAAAUGGAAACCUUAUACAAAUGUCUUUAUCCUCUGUGAUAGUGGCAGUGGGCCUUCCUGUCUGGUUUACCUGGGCACAUAAUAGCUCUAAUUGGAACACAUUUAGAACAUUGAACACCAUUUUAAAAAAGUCUCGUGAGUGGCGCAGCAGAAAAGCAUUCACCCUAGAUCAUGAAUUUGAAUCUUAACAAUGCCAUAGCCAUCCAUGGGUAGGAGUCCGAUAGAGUAAAAAUUGGCCAUACUCUCUGUGUGAGAGGGAUGGCAUACUCUCUCCCCUGUCAAUCACAGCAACAGUACCAAAUCAUGGGCAUCUGUGAGCUUGUGUAUAUGGAAGAGGGCAGACAGCGGGAGGUGGCUUCACAUGUCUCAGAGGAAGCACGUUAGCCUGCACCUUCCCCGCUUGGUAGCUGUCUUAUGAUAGAGGAGUGCUGGCUGAUGGGUGGGAAUUAACAGAUGACCAAAUUGGGGUGUAAAAAGACAGUCCAGAUUUUGCAGUUUAUUAUUUAACAUAUCUUGAACCACAGACAGUAUAAACAUGUUGUAAAUGUAACUUAGUAAUUAUGUAUACAUCCAAAUCCCUAAAAGCUAUAUGAAUCCAACAUAUUUAAAGGGGAGUUAGAAUAUAGACAGUUUAUAAGAAAAGAACAUGAAAGAACAUUCUAUUAUUAUGUGGUAAUUUUUUAAGUGAUGCUCUCAUUUAGUUAUUGAAGCCAUAGAAUAUGGCUCUGUGCGUGUGUAUGACAGACAGCUCGUGUUCAGUGUGAGCCACUAGUGGGCUAUUAGUUCAGCCCAACUCCCAUCAGUCUGGCUUUCUUUCCAUCCCUCCAGCUACAUGUCACAGCCGCUUAUCUACUUUUCUCCUCUUUCUCUCUCUCUCACUCGCUCUCUCUCUGGGUGGAGUGUGUGUAUGUGCACACACUGCACUCAGCAUGCACUCAGCAAUGCACCAUAGCUCUUUACAUCUUUAUCAUGCUCUCCUUGUGUGAGUGUUUUGUGCCUUUGCUUAAGUCUGUCUCAUUUUUUUUUUUUGAUGUGAUGUUGCAUUGGACGAUGGGGAUGAUGCACAUUCCUCACAUUCCCCAAUAGGUCCUAUAGUUUGCGUGCAACAUCUAAGCUCUCUGCUUAACUCUGAGUUACAGCAUCAUAUAACACUUUUGGUAUGCUAUAAGGACUGCUGCACCACAUUUACAUGAAUGCAUUUUAUAUUUUAUAUCUGGUUUGCCUGCAGGUCUCUGAAACAAUGGAAGCCUCAGAACCCUUCAUCUGGCAACAAAACAUAAAAUUUAUAUCUCAGCACCAGUUUCUGUCCUUUCUAAAGCCCUCUGUUAAUAUUGCAUUGGUAUUGUUUUCUGUGCUUCACAGUGAUUAUAGCAAAUCUUGCAAUAUCUUUAUUUUUAUUAGAUUAAAUUGCUGAGUUUUGUCGUAUUUUAUGAAUGCACAUUACAUAAUUUAUAAUCUGACUAUUUUCUACACUUUUUGGUGGUACAGAUUACCAAAGACUGGCCAACAAGUAUGAUUUGAGCAGUGUGCUUUUUUGAUCGUCAAUCUUAACAUGCAUGGAAAUAAGAAACUUAUUAUUGUAAUAUGAAUUUUUUAACUGUGAGAUUUGUACAGGUCUGUAUAACAAUAAGAAUUUUGAUAUUUGGUUUUAAACAGUUUAAUUUGCCUGUUAUUUUCUGAUAGUGCCCAGAGCUGAAUGGACCCUCUGCUUAUCAGUGUUGUGGCUUAACUUUAAAAAAAAAUCUCAUUUGUGAUAUGACAGUGGACUGGAACAGAAAAUUUAUCAGAUCUGAUCUGAUACCGAUUCAGCAUUUAAUGCCAUGCUGAACUUGUUCUAUGGCUGUUUUACAGUCUGCUGCACUACACUUGGUUUUUCCGUCUGGCAGGUGCACCGCUUUAGCCUACCUCCAUCUGAUAAUAACCUUUUACUAGCUCAUAAAACUCCAUACCAAGCUGUCAAGAUCAACUGCACCAUUAAGAACUGAACUGGGGAAUAAUUAGAGGCACUUUUAGUACGUGUGCUCUAAAGCGACAGGAGUCCAACUCUACAUCUAUAUUUUAAAACACAAUUACAUGAUCGCUUAUAUUAAUGUCAUGAUUAAUCUGAAUAACCGUCAUCACAGGCAGUUCUGCAUUCACCUGUUAGUUAGCAAGACUAAAUAUCCAAAACAAAUUGGCCUUUUGCUGCACGGCCAUUUUACUCUCUGAUUCACUGGCUGAUGAAGCGCACGUCACCUCUGUAGAUGCUCCACUUAUUCCUGCUGUGGAGGAGCAAGGAAACGAGUCCUUGCAGUUGUUUGCUUUCCAUCAUAUCGAUAGGAAUGCAUCGAGAAGAAAGUCUCACACAAUGCAUCACUGACCAGUCGUUAGGAGGCUAUCAAACAAUAUUUCCAUUUAUUCUGCCUGUCAGUGGCACAAACACUUGGUGAUCUGGGCGUGUCAGUUUCUGGGUGACUGGGUGGAGUUUUCUUGGCUUUUGGAUAUUGAUUGGGAAACUACUGAGGAUGUGAAUGAUGGAACACAGUAAACCUGAACAGCCUGCAGAUGGCUACCCUGAGAGCCAUGUCAUGUUUUGGACUGAGACACUGAGAGAGAGAGAGAAAGUGUUAUUUGUUUGGGUUCUGUUGACCCUCUAACCUCUCUAUGAACUUCAAAAAUUGUGAUGAGGGCUUUGCUCUUUAUAAGAAUCUAAAGAAGCUGUCAGCUCCACAGAGAUCGCCAUGAGCUCAAAGAGGCCCUGAGGACACAUCAGCCCUUUGACAUUUUGGAUAGCACAUAGCUACUUUCCUACAUGCUCCCUCACCAUUUAGCAGUUGUUACAGCCCACAAAGGGAAAUGAAACGCCACCAAGAGCUGAGGACUUCUGAAUGGUGCACCAAAACUGUAAGGUUUAAAUAACCUACAGAACAUGUAUUUCUGUUACCUUUCACAAUACUAAGACAUGAUAACAAAAAGAUCAUUAUUUGGCUGUAAAAGACAUGGCAAGAAGACAAAAAGCAUAUAUUACAAUAGUUCCAUUGAGUUAAAGUGGAAUUUUAAUAAAAAAGCAAGCGUGUAUUAUCUCUAUGUGCAAUGCAGGCAGGAUGGAGAAAACACUGCCGCAUUAAGAACAGCACUUAAGCACGUGAGAAGGAGAAUAUUGCAAACAGUAAUCAUCCUGUCUUCACAGUCUGCCUGAAUUCAAUUGUAUUUAAUGACCUUGUGAUUUGCCUGCGAGUGGGAAGCGACACCUAACUGUGUGUGACUGCUGUGUGUCUUCUGUUUUUCACACAGAUGUAAUAAUGCAGAGUAGGUGGAUCUAAAGACAGAGACGAUCAGAACCAAAUUCCAAACACUGAGACGAUCUGAUCUCCUGACUGAACUGAUAAAGGAGGUUCUCGAUAGCACAAAUUGAGCUGUUUAAUUUAGAUAUUGGCAGGCAGCUUUGGCACUGAACGAGAGUCGGUGUUGGGUCCUUCCUCGUAGACCCAAUUACCAUCCUCACUAACAUUUCCUUGCAACGUAAUCUUCAAAACCACAUGCUGCCUCUGGAUGAGUCCUGUGGGGAUGCACUGGGACUACUACUUUCCUUUUUAUAUAUAUAUAUUUUUCUCCACUUUCUUCCCUUCUUUAUAAGUUCCCUCAUUUUCAUUCAUUUGACAUGUAUAUUUAUAGAGAAAAUGCCCUGAGAAAUAAUUCUGGAUCCUUUUACGCUGAGGCAGAAUAAAUUAGUUUAGCGCUGAUACUCCAGCUGCUUGCUUCAUGUUUGGAAUGAAUAGUAAACUUGUGCUUGCCUGGUUGUAUCUAAAAUCAGCACAUGGCCUGAGAGCGCUUUCUCCAGGACUCACCUCGGCUGUAUCCUCCGCAGAUUUAAUCACCCUCCCGAGAAAUCACAUGGGAGAUGCGCUAUCUUGUAUUCUAUGAACGAGCUUUUGCAUUUUCAGCACAUAACCUAACUGUGUGGACUUUUUAUCGAAUGUAAUUUGAACAGUGCUGUUUUAUGUAUAAAAAACAUGUUGUCAUGAACUUCUGUAAUGUCUGUACAGAAUGAUUAAUUGUGUGAAGCUGUGAAACUACAUCAGGCUUAUUUAUGAGCACAUAACUUGGAAUAUAAAUAUCAUUACAUAAACAUCUUUGAUUAAUUCAUUCUGUAAAAUCUCUUCAGCUGUAAAGACAGGAGAGUUUGGAUGUCGUAUUUCUAUUCUGCAUGAUUAAAGAAGAGAGAUGAGAGAGUGAUGGCUCGGCUCAGAUUUAGACCGGUAACUUCUCAAUAUCGGUGUCAAUCAAACUCUCUCUUUUAGCAUCUUGUGAAUUUAUGGUGAGUGGGACCUCAUCUUAUGCUGGCCUUCUUUAUUUGUGUGCAUUCAUGUUUUCUUGUAUGUGAAACACAUGCUGUACGUGUCACACUGCCUAGACUAUGGCUGGGCGGUAUGACAAAAUAUCAUAUCACGAGUCAGAAAGGCAUUUCUAUGAUACACAAUAUGUAUCACGAUAUAGAUUUGCUUACAGACUGUCAGCAAUACAGUAGUGUUGCAUUUUAAAAAUAACUGCUGACUGUUUGAUACUUUUAGUGUUUACAAAAAUAUUUUAUAUUUUGUUUAAAAAAGUAACAUUUGUAUGUAUCUAAAACGUCUGUACAAAUUUUACCACCAUAUCUGUUGCUUCCUGUCAGUUUGUGAUUUUUUUUUUUUUAUUUAAUUUAAAAAAGAAAAGCAUGUUGUGGUGAUUUAUCAUGAUCUCCAUAUAUCGUCAUAUCACCCAGCCUUAGCCUAUACAUGAUUUAGACAAAACAUGAUGUGUAAGUAUUGCACAUUUCUGCAGGCUCAUAACCUUCCUCCUCCUCUGUUCUUCACUCUGUGUGAGCCUGUAGCAGUGUGCUGGGAUUGUGUAAGUGGGACUGAUGGAGCGCUUGAUGGAGAGUUUACAGCUGAGAACUAUUCCUGCACUCUGGGCUGUAGUUUUUAGGGCAGCUGCAACUCCAGGCUCUGGUGACCUUCUACUCCUUUCUCCAUUCUGCAGCCAUGCACUUUGUUCCAGAGCUGUGUGCUGAAAUUGACUCAGCAGGCAUCAUUUCAACCGCAUAGUGUUGCACUGAAACAGUGAGGUGUAUUGUACUGCAACUCACCUCCUAUUAGGGUGAGAGCAUGAGCAAGUACUGCAACACACACACACACUGCUGUCACUAAGCACUGCACUGCUGUGGAGGUAGGUUUUUGUCAUAAGUACAGUAUUGUUUAGGGUCCCUCCUACUUGCAACCUCAUUCCAGUGUUCGUAUCCGCUCACUCCCACACCACAGUCACACACACUUCAUUACAACGAUCCAGGCUUCACUGAAUGCAACUCCCUUGUUACUGGAAGAAUGAAGGUGGUUAUUAUCAGAGCAGCUUGUGCUUUGUUAAAGCAAUAUGAUGCAACACUGUUACUGGCCACUGCAUCUCCAUUAAUCCGAUGCUUGUAAGUGGGAAGUGAAUAAACAUUUAAGCUGUGUUCGAGGCUGCACUCCAAGCAUGCUUCUGUAGUAAGCAGUAUGUCAAAACAGUAAUGACACCACUGGUGUAAUGACAGGAUAUUUAGUAUAGUAGGAAGAAGUUUGAGACAUGGUCCAAGUAUUUGAGACUUGGUGGCUGUAAAUACUUGCUGCCAUCAUCAUUGUCUCAGCAUUACGGAAGCUUUAUUGUGCACAAAAAUAUGACUUAUGUUAGAAGACGAAGAAACAUAAUGGCACUGCAAAUUGUAAAAAAUAGUGCUGUCUGGUUUGCAAAAAAAUAUUAAUCAUAAUCAUUUGUGGUCGUACAGUGUUACCCUCCAUUAGGUGAACUGGUGCACUAAUGUUACAUCAAACACAGAGCAGAAAAUUAGACUUAUUAAUUGGGAUGGAAAUUUCAGACAAAAUUACAAGAUGUUUUUUUUUUUUUUCUUUUUUCAAGGCACAAUUUAAGUAAUAUUUAUAUAUUUGAACUGCUGCCCACACAGGUAAGCAAAAGGACAAACAAACCGCUGUAUGAGAGAGCAAGAAAUGUCACUUUAUUUGGUUAUGCAACAGUGGAUGAUUACACAUUUAGCGUGAGAUGGGGCUGAAAUGGGGCUGAAAUACUGCAUGGUGGCCAUGACAGUGAAGCACUGGCAAGGGUGGUCCUUAUAAUCCUUAUCCUUAAAUUAUGGUGCACUUUCGCAAAACAGGCAAAAUAAUCUGUUCAAUAGCUUUCAGACUUGGAGCUAAUACACAGUGAUCAUGUCUCGGCAGCAAAGCGCAAACUGGGAAGUGGUAGCUCAGUGGUUAAGACGUUGGACUCCUGAUCGUAAGGUUGAGAGUCCAAAUCCCAGCACUGCCAAGCUGCCACUGCUGGGCCCUUGAGCAAGGCCCUUAACCCUCAACUGCUCGGUUGUAUAAAUGAGAUAAUUGUAAGUCCCUCUGGAUAAGGGCGUCUGCCAAAUGCCAUAAAUGUAAACGCUCAUGACACUUAUAACAUUAUAACUUUAUAUAUCAUAACUUAAACAAUAUAACUUAAACAGUAAGUUUCACGACUCUUGAAAAUUGAAUAUUCAAAAUCAUCUCUACUAAAGUAACUGAGUUUGGAGUACAGAAAAUACACCAAACCCUCGGCCUAGCCUUAGUAACCUUCUAGCUAAACUGCUUCACAACUUGGGAAAUUCCACAACAGGGAUAAGUUGUCUGGCUAUUAUUCACUAGAUAGCUAGAUAGAUAAUAAGAGAACAAACAAAAUACAUGUUUUUUAAAGUGAAAGCCAACUCCACAUCACUCUGGAAUCCCUUUUCUUCCUCCUUUUAUGACUGGAAAUCAGAUGUUUUGCUUGCUGGCUCUUUUCUACACGUGAUUGAGCAUGGUGGGCAUUUGGAGGUGUUUGCCAUGUACCUACUCUGAUAAUCUCUGGCUUCUUAACACUGUGAUAGCCAGAAAGAAGGUAUGGCUGCUAACAAUGGACCGUAAUGAUGUAUCCGUCUGGAAAUGCGUCACACUCACCCUCCACCCACCAGGAGCUCAGCCUCCAUCUCCUCUAUCUACAUGUGGAAGCACUCCAGGCAAAUUGAUCCUGUAAUUCACCAUGCAGUCCAGCUGCCCCUUGUUAAAAUCUUUUCACCGUCUUUUCAAGUACAGGCCAAUAGCAGGAAAAUGUGCACUCAUCCUGUAGCUGUAAGAGGACUUUCAGAAUGGCUAUUUCACUAGUCUUCAAGUUCUCAGUAUAUGAAAUGGUGAUUUAGAAUAAUGUUUUUGGAGUCUGAAGUAAUUAAAGGUGAUGAUCUGCCAGUUUUUCCUGGUUCAACUGCGAGCAUAUCUCUGCUGUCUGAUAAGAGUUGAGUAUCUAAUUUCAGCCUUUGAAUUUUGGAUGUUGAUCAUAAGUGACAUAAUGCAUACACAGUACAUAUGUAGAGUACCUUGCUUUUACGGUAAUAAAGGAGACAUAUUUUACAGUUUUUAUCACAGUUUAAAACAUGACCCGUGGUAAUAAAUGCAGCCACUUACGGUAUGUUUGUCUGUUUAUUCUGGACUUUAAUGAAGCAUGGUCACAGCAUAAAGGCUCUGAGCAUGCCAAUGUUUAUUCAGGUGGGAUGUCACAUGUGCUUAUGCUGUGUUCAGCUUGCCUUGUAUGUGGUAGUUUGCAGGUUGAAGUGGUGUCAUUUUCCACCUUGGCACAUUCAACGUGCGUGCAGAAAGUGCAAAAAACAUGCACGUCUCCAUGUUCGUCUUUUGUUAGCCAUAAGCUACAGAUAACUGUGGUGAGUGAUGUAUAUUUUCCUUAAAGACUGCACUUUCCAACAACAGUUUAUACCCAAGGUGGAUCAUCUCACCUUUAUACUGUAGAUUUGUACCUAAUGACUGCUACUUUUCUGCACCUGUAUACUGUAUAAUGAUUUAUAAUCACACUAUCUGGUGUCACCCAGAAGAGCAGAAGAGGAUGGGUUCCUUUUGAGCCUGAUUCCUUUCAAGGUUUCUUUCUCAUGUUGUCUCGGGGACUUUUUAUUGCCACAGAUGCAUCUGACUUUCUCAUUUGGAUGUAAAUAUAAAUCUGACCAAAAGUUUUGCCAUAAAGUUGGAAGCACACAAUUGUAUAGUACGUCUUUGCUGUAGCAUUACAAUUUCCCUUAACUGGAACUAAGGGUCCCAAACCUGUUCCAGCAUGACAAUGCCUCACAAAGUGCACAAAGUGAGGUCCAUAACGACAUGGUUUCCAGGGUUGGAGUCAAAGAACUCGAGUAACCGGCAGAGCCCUGACCUCAACCCCACUGAACACCUUUGGGAUGAACUAGAGCACCAAAUGCACCACAGGCCUCCUCAUCCAACAUCAGUGCCUGACCUCACUAAUGCUCACGUGCCUUAAUGGACAAAUCCCCACGGCCACGCUCCAACAUCUAGUAACAGCAAAGGGGUACUAAAUCUAGAAUGGGAUUUUCCAAAAAAAAAAAAACGUUUGGCUUACCCAUACACCUUUAUAGUGUGUUUCUAUUGUUAAAGAAUUUUACAUUUACUGUACUCAUAUUUAAAAAAUGUUGUAUCACGUUUCUUAAAACAAGCAGAACACACAUUGGAAACGUCAGGAUCAGGAUCCUCACUGUAAAGGCAAAAAGAUUGUAGGAGUGCUCAUUUGCAAGUGGCCUUCUGUGUGGUCAAUGCUAUACAAUACAAUAAUGAAAAGCACACCAUAGGUCACUGAUAACUCUUAAGUUUUUUCAUUGCUGCUUUGCAUUUCGCUCAACAGAAUGAAUGGAGGAAAGGCUCUAAAGUUCGAAAGCAUGGACUCUUUGUAGUGGUGCUCUGUGUCUGGUCUCCAUAUGUUCCCACAGUGGUGUGGAGAAAGACACUUGAUCAGGUGCAGACCGGGUGGUACUCAGUUCUACGCUUCCUCAAGGUAAAACAAUAGCGUGGGGAAUAUCAUAAUAUUAACACAAUAGCAAGAGUGAUAAGUUCAUUUUCUGUAGGUGUAAUGAUAUAUAUCCACUAUUUUCAAUAGAUCUAGAUUGCUUUAUGCACAUGAGCCAUAAAAAAUUCAUGACUCCUCAGAAGGCCAACCAUUUUACACAAUGUCAAGUUCUCACCAAGUAUAAAUGAAGUGUUCUCGCUGAACAAAGCAGCAGCACUCAAGGCUUCACACACUCAUUCUGCAUAUUCGGCCUUGUUGAUUUGCAACUUCCAGCUGCUGUUUUGCAUGCUUGUAUUUCUCAGGGCUGUCUGUGAGUGCACCAGUGUGGGUCUCUCUACCUGUUCACCAAAGCAAAGCUCCAUCAUCCCUCUUAAAUAUUUGCUCUCUCCUCUCGUAAUGCAGAUAGAGCUGUAGUGUGUUUACACAUGGGAUUGAGAGCAAGCAAGAGCCGGCGUGUUCCUCACUUUCACAGCUGACUGUGGCUGCAUGACUGGGGUAGUUCUGUCCUGUUUGGAGCUUUAGAUCGAGACGUAUGAACCAUGGUGUUUAGAGGACUUAGUCCAGAAACACACAGAGCUAGAUUCUCGCUGAGGAACAGACACAGUCCAGCACUUGUGGAUUCUUGCAACAGAAAGAGAAGGGGGCCAUUUAGCGUGGUGAGGAGAUGCAUCAACAGAGAGACAGGCCAGCAGUUUGCAGUGAAGAUUGUAGAUGUGGCCAAGUUCACCUCCAGCCCUGGCCUCAGCACAGAAGACCUAAAGAGGGAGGCCAGCAUCUGUCACAUGCUUAAACACCCCCAUAUCGUGGAGUUGCUGGAGACCUACAGCUCAGAUGGAAUGCUCUACAUGGUCUUUGAGUUUAUGGAUGGAGCAGACCUCUGUUUUGAGAUUGUGAAAAGGGCAGAUGCUGGGUUUGUCUACAGUGAGGCUGUAGCCAGUCACUACAUGAGACAGAUCCUUGAAGCACUGCGGUACUGCCAUGAUAACAACAUCAUUCAUCGAGAUGUAAAGCCUCACUGUGUGUUGCUGGCAUCAAAGGAGAACUCCGCUCCCGUGAAGUUGGGUGGCUUUGGAGUUGCUAUACAGCUCGGAGAGUCAGGAUUGGUGGCUGGAGGCCGGGUGGGCACCCCCCACUUCAUGGCUCCUGAGGUGGUGAAGAGAGAGCCGUAUGGGAAGCCGGUGGAUGUGUGGGGCUGUGGAGUCAUCCUCUUCAUCCUGCUCAGCGGCUGCCUGCCCUUCUAUGGCACGAAAGAGCGCCUGUUUGAGGCCAUUAUCAAAGGCAAAUACAAGAUGAACCCUCGGCAGUGGACUCACAUCUCAGAGAGUGCUAAAGACUUGGUGCGACGCAUGCUGAUGCUGGAUCCUGCUGAGAGGAUCACUGUGUACGAGGCCCUCAAUCACCCGUGGCUCAAGGAGAGAGACCGAUAUGCCUACAAAAUCCACCUGCCUGAGACAGUGGAACAGCUGAGGAAGUUCAAUGCACGGAGAAAGCUCAAAGGUGCUGUGUUAGCAGCAGUUUCCAGCCACAAGUUCAGCUCGUUCUAUGGUGACCCACCUGAGGAGCUGCCAGACUUCUCUGAAGAUCCCACCUCAUCUGGCCUUCCUCAAGGACUGCUAGCAGCAGAAAGGGCUGUAUCACAGGUACUGGAUAGCUUGGAGGAGAUCCAUGCACUCACAGAUUGCAGUGAAAAAGACCUGGACUUUCUGCACAGUGUCUUCCAGGACCAGCAUCUACACACACUACUUGAUCUGUACGACAAGAUAAACACCAAGUCCUCCCCACAGAUCAGGAAUGCUCCAAGUGAUGCUGUUCAGAGAGCCAAAGAGGUACUAGAAGAGAUUUCCUGCUAUCCAGAUAAUACAGAUGUUAAAGAGCUGAGGCGAAUCCUAACCCAGCCCCAUUUUAUGGCCUUACUGCAAACUCAUGAUGUGGUAGCUCAUGAAGUAUACAGUGAUGAGGCACUGAGGGUCACACCCCCUCCUACCUCACCAUAUUUGAACGGAGACUCACCUGAGAGCACCAACGGGGACAUGGACCUGGAGAACGUCACUCGAGUACGGCUGGUGCAGUUUCAGAAGAACACAGAUGAGCCCAUGGGUAUCACGCUGAAGAUGAAUGACCUGAAUCACUGCAUCGUGGCCAGAAUAAUGCAUGGUGGCAUGAUUCAUAGACAAGGGACCUUGCAUGUUGGAGAUGAGAUCCGGGAGAUUAACGGCAUUGGUGUAGCUAAUCAGACAGUGGAGCAGCUCCAGAAAAUGCUUAGGGAGAUGAGAGGCAGCAUUACCUUUAAGAUUGUACCAAGCUACCGGAUGCAGCAAUCAUCUUGUGAGAAAGAGUCCCCUACCACCUCCAGACAGUCCCCUGCUAAUGGCCAUUCCAGCGUUAACAGUUCUAUCUUGGACCUGCCAUCAACCAUCCAGCCAAAAGCACGCCAGAUCUCCAGACCUACAAUCAAGGGUAAAAUAUCAGUCAAGAUCUAUGUGCGGGCACAGUUUGAGUAUGACCCAGCCAAAGAUGAGCUCAUUCCUUGCAAAGAAGCAGGCAUUCGGUUCAGAGUGGGAGACAUCAUCCAGAUCAUCAACAAGGAUGACCAUAACUGGUGGCAGGGCAGGCUGGAGAACACAAAGAAUGGCACAGCUGGGCUCAUUCCAUCCCCAGAGCUGCAAGAGUGGCGGGUGGCCUGCAUAGCGAUGGAGAAAACUAAGCAGGAGCAGCAAGCCAGCUGUACUUGGUUUGGCAAGAAAAAGAAGCAGUACAAAGACAAGUAUCUAGCGAAACACAGUGCAGUGUUUGAUCAACUAGAUCUUGUCACAUAUGAAGAAGUUGUGAAGUUACCAGCUUUCAAAAGGAAAACACUAGUGUUAUUAGGAGCUCAUGGUGUUGGCAGAAGACACAUCAAGAACACACUCAUCACUAAGCACCCUGACAGAUUCGCUUACCCCAUUCCACACACAACCAGACCUCCUAAAAAAGAUGAGGAGAAUGGCAAGAACUAUUACUUUGUAUCACAUGACCAAAUGAUGCAGGACAUUGCCAACAAUGAUUACCUGGAGUACGGCAGCCAUGAGGACGCCAUGUAUGGAACACGGCUGGAGACGAUACGCAAAAUCCACGAGCAGGGCCUCAUAUCUAUACUUGAUGUAGAGCCACAGGCGCUGAAGGUCUUGCGAACAGCAGAGUUUGCUCCUUAUGUGGUUUUCAUUGCUGCACCAACAAUCACUCCGGGCAUGAAUGAGGAUGAAUCACUACUGCGACUGCAGAAGGAGUCAGAGAUCCUCCAGAAGACCUACGCACACUAUUUUGACCAGACCAUCAUCAACAAUGAGAUCGAUGAGACGAUCCGGCACCUGGAGGAGGCUAUAGACCUGGUCUGCACUACAGCACAGUGGGUUCCUGUGUCCUGGGUCUACUAGAACACCAUUAACUCUCCUCAAACUCCACCUUAAAGUCCCAGACUCUCUGUGAUGCCAAAAAAAUAGAUAAAAAUAAAUACGUACAUAAAUAAAUAAUUAAGAAGGAAAGAAAAAUCACCACCAUUCCCUGGAGAAAGGAUCCACCUCCGAUUUGUCUGAUGUGCAGUGCACAUGACCCGCAGACAAAUCCAAUCUCAGCCCUUCAGACUACGUAGAUGUAGUGUUGUAUAAGAUAUAAUAAUACAGUUGUGAAUAUUGACACGUCCUUAUUGAUGAGAUGCAGCAUUUUGUAGAGUUUUGAUUUAAAGAGACAGUAUCUUAAAUAUUUUCUGCUCAGACAGAGGAACAGCAGACAUGUUGCAUCAGUGCGUCAACACAUUAUCCAUUCAGGGCUUAUGUAUCCUUCAGCCGCUAUAAAACACCCCUCACUGGAACCCAUUAGUUUCCCUGUGUAUCACAGUCUGCUGUUUAACCACUUCCAGAUACUGUCUCUCUAAACAAGUCUAUACCUCUGAGAUCUGAGUUCUCAUGCAUGUGAACAUUCAGAGACUUGCAUACUGUCAGUGUUAGCAGUGUAACGCUACUGUUAUCCACAGCACAGAACAUUCCAUAUGUCUGGACAAAUUCAGACCAAGUGAAGACCAGUGGAGAAUGAAGAUGAAAAAAAGACCUAUGCACAUCUUUGGGCACAUGGGGACAUUUCGGACAGCUUUCUAACAAAUUCUUUUUACCAGCCAUGUAGUGAGAUGUGUUAAUGUCUCAAUUUAAUUUGUUGUAAAAAAAAAAAAAAAAAAAAAAUCCUGGAGAUAAAAAAAUGACAGAAAACACAAGCCUAUACUGGUUUCACCAUUAUAGAAAUGUGUCAUCAGAGAGUAUUAAUGUUUUCAUAAAGCUGAAUCAAAAGGGGAAACAGAUUUUUAUUCAGUGUAACUGUUUCAGACAAAGGUGCACACAUAGAUACAUUUUGCAAAAUGAACUGUGUUGCAAAAAAAAAAAAAUCUGAAUGAUUCUGUAUAUGACAAACUGUUUACUUCAGACUGCCCUGUGUAAAUUCCUCUGCUGAUGACUGAGCAGCUCUUCAGUAUGAACCAUUUUUUAAAUAUAUUUCCUUUUCUGUGGUGAAGAA